AUGGCCGAGCAACUCAAGGAAGGACAGGAGGUCUCUUGGAAAUGGGGAGCGAGCGGCCAUCCCUCCGGAAAGGUCGCUGAGAUUGUUGAGGAGGGUAGUGCAGAGGUGACGAGCAACAAGGGCAAUACAGUCAAGCGCAACGCGCGUGGGCCGGAAGAUCCCGCCGUGAAGAUUACGCGCGAAGGGAACGACGUCGUAAAGCUCGCGCAUGAGCUGGAUCAGGUUGAUCCGGAAGAGUCGGCUGCUCCUGUCAGUUGA